AUGAUGGACCAUUCCGCUGGAGCCCCAGCAUCCCAGGAACCACUUUCCAACCAGGACACUGCCGUCAAGACCAGUGAAUCAUAUUUGAGCUCGGCCGAGACUCGCCAGGAAGAUGGUUUAUUCCCAGGACGUAAACGCAAGCAUUACUCAUCUGAAGAGCAACAGGUCGGCAAUCGACGCGUGAUGAUACCUGUGCGUGGUGGUAAUGAUGAUGAUGAUGGUGGUGGUGGUGGUGAUGAUGAUGAUAAUGAUGAUAUUGCAGAUCUGCAUUAUACCCAAAGCAGCCCAGGACGUGCUAAGAAACCGAGACUGGGACAUGACAAACCUGCAUCUGACAGGUCACAGCUUCUUCCCAUGGAGAUCUGGCACUACAUUUUCUCAUUUCUUGAUCCCAAAGCCCUGGGUGUUCUUCUACGCGUCAGUAGGACCUUCCAUGGAUUUCUCACUAAAGAUCGCGACCCGUUGGAUUCUUCAGCUUCAGCUAAAGGUGUCCUCAAACCUGUAUCGUCUAAUUUUAUUUGGUCUUCCGCCCGGAAGUUAUUUCAUCCUGGAAUGCCCCGACCGUUGGCCAAUAUGACUGAAUUAGAUAUGUGGAGAUUGAUUAGAGCAACCAACUGUGAAGUCUGUGGAAAGAAUGAUUCAUCCCCUCCGUCGCCCACCAGUUCCUCUGCAUGGGAGAGAGGUCCAGGCAUUAAUGGAGUCCGUAUCUUUUGGCCCUUUGGCAUAAGGGCAUGUUGUCAAUGUUUCCUCACACUCACAAAAAAGGAUGUGGACCUUGUUUUAUCGCCUCUGCCAACUUUCCUUCUGCCAGGCCUUUCAUUUGUGCUUAUGACCCCUUAUAUGCAUAUGGUGCCCAGUGUGGUUUUGCGAUCCAACGAGAGUCCCCCGGCUGACCUACAUCUUACAAAAUAUUAUUUCAAUUCCGAUAUAGAGUACUUAAUGCAGGAAUUCGAUCACGUGAAAUCCCUGGGCCCGGCUACUUUGGAGGAAUGGAUCAAAGGACUUGAAAGCAAGGGUAAAAGAAAAAUGGCAGAUACGGCGCGGUGGGAACAGUGGGAGAAUAGCGGCGGCCUGUACGAAGUCAGACUUGAUUUCCGUGGACAGAGUACUAACAAUGACCCGCGCAGUAAAUCCAGUCAUCAUCACUCCAUGCCCCAAGAUAUGUCCAGAUCAGAGCAUCCCACAUUGUCCCCUUUCCGAGGAUUGGCCCAUAACGGAGUUCCCUCUGUACCCCCUGGCUUCAUUACUAAUUCUUCUCCAUCUAAGCUUGAUCAGAGCCGUGGUGGACGGAGCCUACGCGAUGUGGACGAAGCUAAGGCUUCACGAAGAGCGGAGAUUGAACGCCGUUGUUUAGCAUUGCGUCCUCCGCUGACAGCUCCUGUCUUGAGCCAUAUGGAAUCCUUCUCGGCAGCAAUACAAAUCCCACAUGAACUUACUGAUAAGGACUGGGAGUAUCUGAAACCGCGUUUACUGGCACAGCGAGAAAUGGCAGAGAAGAAAGAGAUUGAUCGCUUGCAAGAGUCUCGACUUCUCCAGGCCAAGACGGAAGAACGCCGACAACAAGAAGCGCGGUCGAAACAGGAGAAAGAAUCCCUGGAUCAUCAAUGGGAUGAUGCGCAGCGUCUGAUUCAUGACCAGAUAAAUAUGUAUGCUGACGAAAUCAUCGCGAAGAACCGGAACGACGGGGCGACGCUCUCUAAAGACAAAUGCGCCCAAUUUGCUGCAGAUGUCUUGAUGCAUGUGCGGAGUAGGUUCUACGCCCAUAUCCAAGAGGAAGAUGCCAUCGCCCGCGCGUCUGGCGUGGCUGUUAAAGCUGAUUCUCCAGACGCACCUCCCACACGCAAGCUGGUUCUUGAAAACAUGAAGUGGGUCUAUGACACUAAAAUAAAACCCCUGACGGAGAAAUAUUCGAAGGAGCUGUUCCUUUGCAAUGGCUGCGAGAAUAAUUCAAGGCUUUAUGGCUUUGAAGGGGUCGUUCAACAUUACGCCGCAAAGCAUACGACUGCUUUGAGUGCUGGGAGUGUGAUAGUGUUUUGGCGCGCCGAAUGGCCCGAAAAGCCGCCCUUUCAUCCCAACCCCAAUGCUGCCAGAGCCCUACUCCAUGCCAGUUCUCAGGGUGGUGGGUUUGGUCAACCACUUGGGUAUCCUAGACAACAGCAGAGUACAUCUGGCCUAUAUAUGGCAACUCCUGAGCAGCGGCAUUGCAUACUUCCUGAUGCCCAUCCUUCUUCCCAUACAUAUGGACGGUCCCCCUUUCGAAGCCCUUACACAACUUACAUGCACGGCCCCUUCCAGCCACCUUCGCCGAGAACCAGUCCAUACUACUCCGGCUAUGUUUUCCCCCCUCCGUCGCCUGCCAUGGAACCCUCAGCUUUUGAUCAACCGUCAGCAUACAACUCGCCUUAUCAUGGGCAUGUAGUUCCUGUGAAUUAUCAAACUCAUCUACCACAAGCACCUCAUCCGUAUCCUUCUCCUGCAUACGGGUCUGCCUCACCAUCUAAUCAGAGUCUUCUAUAUAAGGUGCCUCAUGGUAGCAAUCGCAAUGCUAUUGCGCACCACAGGGACACCUACAAGACACAACUCGAUCACAUGGCUCGCGUUGCUCGUGAGGUAUGGAACGCUACUUCUGGUAUCAAGGACCUGCCAAACAGCAUCCGUGCUCACGUAUUGAUAUACCAUGUCGCCAUUACGACACAACAUCAGUUCAACAUUGAUGCUUCGGUUGCUCUUUUUGCAGACGGUCUAAAUAACCAUCCUCAAAUGAAGCCGAUGCGCGGCCUCAGCGGCCUGGUUUGCAAAUGUUGCACAAACGGGGAUAGUCCGAAACUACCAUUUCACCCGCGUAACCCAAAGUCAUACGGGUUCUCGGCAUUGUUGAGCCAUUUUCAAUCAUUGCAUAUGGAGCACGUCAAAAAUGGAACUGUCACCAUCCCAGAUGAUAGCAUGGUUGGCCUAGAUUGGAAAACGGACAUGAUAGCUCUUCCAGAUUUGUCUUCAUUGAAGUCGUUGUCGCAAAAUCCCGGUAUGGACGAUUUCAAGUUGCGGAUCAUUGCCCAAGCUUUACCAGAAGCUUUCCCGUCUUCAUUGCCGGCGCUUCCGCCAGAGACGUUCAUAACCAAGCGCUCUCCGGCCAUGCAUCAAGCAUAUGUCACAGACCGGCAGUCACAUUACCCUUCACCGACUCUUCACAACGCGAAAAAGGAAGAUUAUGCUUCUGCGUCGGUACCCCGUGCUGUCCCAGCAGACGGAGUUUCAGUGAGCUCUGUGUCAGAGGGAAUUCGUUUCCCGCCUGAUUCCCUCUCUCGGCGCAAUAGUCCAAACACUCUUCUCCGCCAUGAUGGCCGCGGUCAUGGCCUUGGCAAUCGCUACGUAACACGAUCUCCUCGUGCAGUGAUCUUGCGGUCACCUCGCUAUAUUCGUCUCCAGGACGAGUGGGUCUAUCGAGAAGACGACGUGGAUGAAGUGAGUUCGGAGCAUCAUGAUAGAUUCUAUAUACCGGUAUCAACGCGCUCAGCCAUGUCGGACCGAUCUGAUUAUCCCUAUAAAUCAGAGCAAUUCGAGUCGGAGAUACCAAUACAGCAACAGCGCGUUGAGAGACAGGCCAAUAUAAGUCGUCAAACAGGACAGUCGUCAGAAGGGUCGGUGUUCCCCAAGAAUGCUGCCACUCCACUCACCACCGAGCAUGAAGAUUCGAGGUCGAAUGCUGGGGAUAUGAGUGCCGCAGAACAAUUCUUAAGCACUUUCGUUCCAGGCCAGGAAUCGCAGGCUUCGGAUACAAGGAAUGACUCUGUGUCUGUUUCGAAACAUGAGCGUCACUGGCGCCCUAUGGGGGCAGGCGACGAUGUGUCGGAGCGUGGCGGCUUGACAUACUACGGAUCAGAUGAAUGGAAGCGAUGGGGUAGUCCCGGCAUAGUCAGAGCGCAUGAGAUUCCUCGAGAAAGCAGAGCAGAAUGGGUUGCCGCGCAGCGUACGCGAUCUCCUGAUGUGAUUCAACUGCGGUACGGACGCAAACUGUCUGGUGCUAUGGAGUCCAAACUGCCGCCAAGUCGAUUUGACAGAUAUGAGGCUUUGCGGCAAGAAUCCCUUCGGCCCAGAUCGAGGUCUCCGCCCUCUGCCGUCAAGGAAGAUAUACCCCGCGAUGUCCUCUAUUUUGAAGAUCAAGACCCGCGAUUGCAGCAGUCUCGCUUACUGCCUCAACACAUCAGUGACCCUGCUCACCGAUAUUCGAGGCUAGAAAGGGAGAGUUCUAUGUCUAGCAAUGCUCGACGGAAUGCGACCGGUUAUAGGCCCGCAGGAGUGAUUCGUGAGCCGGCAUAUUAUGAUGACACUAUUGAUUAUUGA